CAAGUUGAAUCUCAUAACUUGAGACUAUCAUGAAUACAAGUCACUCGGCUCUUUCCAACGGAACAAAAGCCUCCAAGGCUAUAGAUAUUUCAAAAAGCAGUGACGAUGACAGUGAUGAUAGUGAUGUGCCUAUUAUGUGCAGAACUGCUGUCAGUAACAAAACCAGUGCUGUUGCUUCAAGCACAUCCGUACGCACCCCCGACAACUAUGAUGGCUCUUUAGAUAAACGCUCUGUUGCCACGGGUAAGAACGCCAGCAAACCAACAGGCAGUACUGUGGUAAAGGAUGAUAGUGGAGAAGACAGUGAUGUUCCAUUGUCUCGAAAAAUCAAAAAAUCAAAAACCACGGUUGACACCAAGACUAAACAAAUGAAUACCAAAAAACCAGCCUCGACUACUUCAGGGUCAAAAAGGCAAACAGAUUCAUCAAACAAUGAUCGCAUCACCAAGAAAUUGAAAAAAGAACCUGUAUCAGCUAAAGAUGUUCCUAAACCAUCUACUGCUACUAUCAAAAUGACUAUCAAAUCAGAAAAUGGCACGUCCACGCCUAAAAAAUCAAAACCAACCACCAAUUCCAACAAGGCAGAAUCCAUAAAAGACGUUCAAAACAGUUCCCAAGAUGCAUCUCAAAUGGAUAAACAGCAAGACGGUGAUGAAAGUGACGAAAAUGACUACAAGUGGUGGUUAGAUCAUAAAAAGGACAACACUGUAAAAUGGACUACUCUAAGCCACAAUGGUCCCUAUUUCCCUCCAUUGUAUACUCCCCAUGGCAUAAAAAUGUUGUACAAUAAUGUGCCAAUAUCACUCUCACCUGCUUCUGAGGAGGUGGCGUCCUUUUUUGCUGCACUAAUUGGAACCGACUGGGCCAGCAAUAUUACAUUUCAAAAAAACUUUUUUCGAGACUUUCUAGGUGUUUUGAAAGAAACGGAUCCGAGUUGUCCAGUCAAGACUUUUGAAAAGUGUGAUUUCUCUCCCAUUGCAGAGUAUCUUGCUGAUCAGCGUGAAAAGAAAAAAACCAUGAGUAAAGAGGAAAAGGCGGUUGAAAAACAGGCAAAGGCAGAGAUUGAUAACCAAUACGGAUGGCUUAAAAUUGACGGACGUAAAGAAAAAGUCGGUAAUUUUCGAGUCGAGCCUCCUGGUUUAUUCCGUGGUCGUGGCGAGCAUCCUAGGACUGGAAGCCUCAAGCUUCGUGUUCAACCAGAGCAAGUCACUAUUAAUAUUGGGGCAGAUUCUACCAUCCCAGAACCACCCAGGGGUCAUAAAUGGGGCAGUAUUAUCAACGACAAUACCGUUACAUGGCUGGCAAUGUGGAAAGAAAAUGUCAACAAUAGUUUCAAAUAUAUAUUUUUGGCGGCCAAUUCGUCACUCAAAGGUCAGAGUGAUUUCAAAAAGUUUGAAAAAGCUCGUGUUCUCAAAUCUCACGUGGAUAAUAUUCGUCGAGUAUACACUGAUGAGCUCAAGGAUAAACUGAUGGCCAAUCGUCAAAGAGCCACGGCUCUUUACUUUAUCGACCGACUUGCGUUGAGAGCAGGCAAUGAAAAAGGCGACGACGAAGCCGAUACGGUUGGUUGUUGUUCACUAAGAUAUGAGCACAUUACUCUUAAACCUCCAAACAAGGUUGUUUUUGAUUUUCUUGGUAAAGACUCUAUACGAUACUAUAAUGAGAUGACCGUGGAUGAUCAAGUGUUUAAAAACAUCAAUAUUUUUAAGCGUGAUCCCAAACGAGAGGGCGACCCAUUAUUUGAUCGCCUAAAUACUGCAAUUUUGAACAAAUAUCUCAACAAAUUCAUGGAAGGUCUGACUGCAAAAGUAUUCCGUACCUACAACGCAUCGCAUACAUUUCAAGAAGAGCUCAGAAAAACACCAGUCAAUGGAACAGUUUCAGAAAAGCUUUUGGCUUACAAUCGUGCUAACCGACAGGUUGCUAUUUUAUGUAAUCAUCAGCGUAGUGUACCCAAAGGACACAGCAGUCAGAUUGCUAAACUGCAAGACAAGAUUCUUGCCAUUAAAUACGAUUUAAUGAAGGUCAAACAACAGAUGCUUGAGUUGGAUCCAAAGCUUAAAAAGACACGACCUGAACUUCAAGAGCCUGAAUCUGACUUGGACGACGAGUUUAUUGAAAACCAUACACGCUUUUUGGAAGAAUGUGAAUCAGAGCGGCUUCAGCAGCGGCUUGAUAAGGAGAACGAGAAGCGGAAGGAAGAUGGGUUGCCAUUGCUGAAAGAGCUUCCAGAAAAACGUACUUCGUCUAUCACGAGUAUAGAAAAACUGGAAAAAAAGUAUGCUACAUUAUGUGAUCGUAUUGCAGCACAGAAAACAAGCAUUAUUGACAAGGAUGAGAACAAAACAACUGCGUUGGGUACAUCCAAAAUCAACUACAUUGAUCCGCGCAUUUCUGCUGCAUGGUGUCACAAACACAAUGUUCCUUUGGAUAAGAUAUUUACCAAGAGUCUGCGCGAGAAAUUCACAUGGGCCAUGGACGCGGAAAAGGAUUGGGAGUUUUAAACAAGAUGAACAUAAAUCUAGUAAAAUGAACUAUUCAGAUAUGCACAC